AACUUUCCAGGCCCCCCUCUCCCUUUUGGACAACUCCUCGGCCUAGCUUCUGCGAGGCCAAUUGCAUUAUUUUGAAUAUCAUUUCUUGUCCUGUUUCAACUUCUCUACAAGCAGCCACAACUACCCGCCAUGGAUGACCAAUUUGGAGGACGUACUGACGAUGAUCUCUUCUACGACGACUUCGAACCGGUCGAGAGCGAGACCGUCGUCACUACUGAAGCCGCACCGGAACCCCAGCCUGAACAUGUAGCACCGGUUCAGGAACCCCCUGCUCCUCAAGAGAAACCAGCGCCAGCUCCCGCACCCUCAGCCCCUGCCUCAAAACCCGCUGGCCUCUCCUCGUCACGAUAUGCCGAUAAACCAGCUCCUCCCAAGCCCGCAAAACAAGCUCCCCAACCGACAUCCAACGCACCUCCUAACGCUCCAACUGCUCCUCGCGAGAAGAACACCCAUGGUUCGCAAAACACCGCCGCCAAUUCUGCAGCUCGUCUUCAAUCUGGCGCAAACCCGCGACAGAAGCUCACGGACGAAGAACUCGCUGCCAAGAUGGAGAAGAUGAAGCUCCUUAACGCAGAGAAGGCGCGCAAGUUUGAGAAAGCCGAAAAGGAUGAGAAGGAUCAUGCUGCUGCGUAUGCUCGCGGCAUGGAGGAGGCUAAGAAGCGUCGCGCCGAGGAAGCUGAGCGACGUAAACGUGGCGAAGAGGACAAGCGCAGGCUUGAUGAUGAGCGCGCUAAGAACAGAGAGCGAAAACUCAAGGCCAUGGGUAUGAAGGAGGGUGGAUGGGAUGAGGGCAAGGAUGCUCUUGAAGAGGAGGAAAACCGACGUUUCCGCGGCGCAAAUGGUGGUAUUCGAGGAUCAAGAAGCUCCGGUCUUGGUGGAAGUCGGUACGCUUCAAAGGAUAACGAGGAACAUGACGUGGAUCGCUUCUUGGACGAGCGAUAUCGUGGUGGAAGGGGUAGAGGUCGUGGUCGAGGAGGACGAGGAGGCCGAGGCGGACGCGGUGGCCAUGAAGGCGCACCACCAGCACCAGUCAAACAAGCCGUCCCAGCAGCCGAAGACUUCCCAGCUCUACCCGGUGAGGUCAAGAAGAGCGCACCGGCACCAGCGAAUGAUAAGCCGGCUUUUGCGGCAGCAGCAGCUGGACCUCCACCACCACUGCCACCACCCACUGGUGGAAAGUGGGAUGAAGAGAUGGAUGAGUAUGAUGAGCUGAACAAGAAGUCAUGAACAAAUUGAAAGAGAUGGAAGACUAGGAAUAGCUUGACAGCGGAGUUGGAAAAAUACCAUAGGUAGCAUCGUUAGACAGCGUCGAAAGCCGAAGCGAGAUUGAAAGACUUCUCCUCAUUUCUAUUUGCC